AUGGGUCGAGGUUUCGGACGCGGAGCCAAGAGUGUUGCAAUUGUUACACACGCUCAGACUAACCAUGCUGGCAAAAAAACCCCAAAAGGCCUCCGCGGUACCCGUCAACGAAAGCGCCAGAGGUUCCUUAGCCGCAACAGCGAGCAGGCAGAGCUGGAAAACUCUCUAGGGCUCACAAAGGCAGGGAAACACACGCAGAAGAAUCUUGCACAGGAGAUUGCUUCGAUUCAGUUUGCACAUAUAGUUAAUAAGCGCGAGAAGGGCCUUAAGCACCUCCGCAAGCAGAUCAUGGGUGCUGUGAAGGAUGUUCGACGACGCUACACUGACAAAGCUCGCAGCAGACAGAGCAAAAAGUAG